AUGCCAAUGCCAUCGGUCUUUCCUCGCUCGCGCAAUGGAGGUAGCCAUAUGUAUGCGCCAUCCAUUGCGCAGGUUCUCGAGUCGUAUUACCUGUCCCAGCUACGGUCUUCCACGCGUCCUAAGGCUUUCUCGCGAUACCAUCCCUACCCCUGCUAUACGGAGCGUGUUUCCUACGAUCCUUUGAUGCAAACUAUUGAUGAGCGAGACGAGCUCCCUGCUUACCAGGACGCUCGUGGGCAGCCUGCGCCAAACCAACCCCGCAACGGCACCGAACAUGGUCGGCGCCACGGCUUCGUCCACAAGGCUAUCAAUGCGUAA